AUGGGAAGGCCACCUUGCUGUGACAAAGUUGGGGUGAAGAAAGGGCCAUGGACUCCAGAGGAAGACAUCAUCUUGGUCUCUUACAUUCAAGAACAUGGUCCAGGGAAUUGGAGAUCAGUUCCUACCAACACUGGUUUGCUGAGAUGCAGUAAGAGCUGCAGGCUUAGAUGGACAAAUUAUCUGAGGCCGGGUAUCAAACGCGGUAACUUCACCGAUCAUGAAGAGAAGAUGAUAAUCCACCUCCAAGCUCUUUUGGGCAAUAGAUGGGCUGCCAUAGCUUCCUACCUUCCUCAGAGAACUGACAAUGAUAUAAAAAAUUACUGGAACACCCACUUGAAAAAGAAGCUCAGAAAGCUCCAGACAGGGCUUGAUGGCCAUGACCACCGUAACAGCCAAGAUGGUUUUUCAGGUAAUUCACAUGAUCAGCCAAUCUCCAAGGGCCAGUGGGAGAGAAGGCUUCAGACUGAUAUCCACAUGGCCAAGCAGGCUCUUUGUGAGGCUCUGUCCCUUGACAAGCCACCUACUCAUGAUCUUCAUUUGCAAGACUUGAAGCCAUCGAUUAAUCUUGGUUACAACAAUAAUAGUCAACCUAACACAAACACUUGUUCUAGGCCUCACCAAGCUUCCACUUAUGCAUCCAACACCGAAAACAUUGCGAAAUUGCUCGAAAGCUGGAUGAAAAAUUCACCAAAAGGACCUUCAUCAGCUCAAAAUCAUAAUCAAACAAACUCAGAAACCAAUCUUCAUCAGAUCAGUUCCUUAAAAAACAAGAAGAACACAGCUGCAGGUUGUUCCGCGAGUACUUCUAGUGAAGGGGCACAAAGUGCAACCACCACACCAGAACAGGCUUUUGAUUCCUUGUUCAGCUUCAACUCAUCCACAUCUGAUGUGUCUCAAUCUAUGUCAGUGGAUGAGAACAAUGCAAAUUUCACAGCAGAAACAAGCCGCCUGUUCCAAGAUGAGAGCAAGCCCAAUUUGGAGGGACAAGUCCCUCUCACAUUGCUGGAGAAGUGGCUCUUUGAUGAUGCUGCGCCUCAUGCUCAUGAAGACCUAAUUGACAUGUCAUUAGAGAACACAUCCGUCUUGUUUUGA